UUAUUUUGUGUGUAGUUUUUUUUCCUAAAUAAAAAUCAAUCAUUUCACUACGAUUAACAUCAUCAUCAUCAUAUUCAUAUUCAUCUUAUUCUUCACUACUAUUAUCAUUAAAAUUUUAAAAAAUGACUGAAAGUCGUUUCGGUAUUUUGUAUGCGAUUACACGUAUUGUAUUGGUCGUAUUGAUUCUCUUAAUGAUUAUCAUCAAUAUUGUUCAUAUUGCACAAACAAACCAAAAAACCGAAGAUAUUGUUUGGGUAGUUUUUUCAUUUAUUUCAUUAGCAAUCGGUUUAAUUGGUGUUUGGCGUGAACAUUUUCUUUUUUCAUGUACAUUUGCCGUUAUUUUAUUAGUAUUGGCAUGUGUAAGCGGUGCAUAUGGAUUUAUUUGGCUACAAACAACCGGUACUGUUAUUCUUAUUUUAUUGGCUAUUCUAUUUACAUUCAUGUUAUGGGAUAUGGGUAAUCGUCAAAUGAAUGUACCGGAUAUGUGUUAGAAUAUUCACCCUUUUCCAAAAAAAUAAAACCAAUGAAAACAUAAAUGAAUAAUAACCCUAUGUUUGUUUGUAAUGUAAUUUUUUUUCUGUUGCUUU